AUGAAAUAUAGAUCCAGACUAGGAAGCCAUGCAGCAUUGAAGGUUGCUAAUGGUGAUACAUGGGAAGUAGAGCUGGCAACUAAUGAUGAUGGACUGAUUUGGUUGGUCAAGGGCUGGGAAGACUUCACAAAGCACUAUACUUUGAAGCAAGGUGAUAUUGUGGUUUUCAGGCUUGAACAAGACAGCUUGUUUCGUGUAAAUGGUGUUCACACUAGGCACAUAAAACACAUUCUGGAAGGCCAGGGGAACACUAUCCACUGUCAUUUUGAUAGAUCCUUUCCCUUUAACCUCUAG